AUGGAAGAGAUUCGAAGCACUUCUCAGGCUGUCAAGGAUACGGUUACUAUGAUUGUCAAAGCACUGCUGCGAGGAAAUCUUCAGCUUAGCAGACAGUUAGAAACACUGAUUGAUGCAGCCGAGACUUGCAAGAAUGCCGCCGUAAAAAUGGAUGAGGAACUUGAGAUUUGGAAUAAAUAUGUCAUGGAGCUACACGAGGCGUGUGAUGCCACAGAUCAAUCGACCAAGAGCAAAUAUCAGAUUGCUCUGAGUGAUGAAAAGGCUCGUAAAGUUGAGCAAGACCUUAUGAACAAAAGCAUUGCCGACGCAGAGAAAUGGGUCAAAGAGCGCGAAGAGCAAGUCAAGGAAAUGAAGGACUUGGUUAAGGAGGAACUCAAAAACUAUCCCACAGGAAAUCAAUUGAUGGUAAUGGACCUUGUCCAAACACUUGGCAACGCCGCUGCUAGUGCUAGCAACAUCCUUGCCGGUGCAGCAGCAAGCCGCAUUGGCCGUGGUGCAGCGUUCAAUAUCAACACCAAAGAUGCAAGCUUUUCCAGUGGCGGAGAUCAAGGGAGUGAGGGAGACGAAGCCGCGGAUGAGGUUGCUAAUGACCCGGCUGCCACUCAGUUGCCCUUUGCUGUCAUGGCUAUGGAACAGCUUUACGGACUGGUCUGUGACAAGACUGGAGUCCAAUGGGACCUCAUCACCAACCAAGACUCGACCAGUGGUAAAGGGGGCCAGUUGGAUCUCUCUGGAGUGGCAGGCUCUUUGAAGAGACGCCGCACAUACUUGGAGAAAAAUAAGAAUACGAAGAGUUCCAAGGUUGGUAAGGCGCUAUUGAAAUCGAUUGGUGAGGCAGAGACGGUUAUCAGCGAGCUAAAGGUGGAGAGAACCAAAAGCCGCAACAUGGGAGACACCUGGAAAAAGCCCGCAAAGGAUUCCAAGCAGGUUACUGACUGGCAGGCGGUAGUCAAAAAGACGAAAAAAGACGUGCAGAAACUUGACACCAAGAACAAGGCAUUAACCUCAGGAACCAAAAACCCUCCACUACCUGGCGCAAACCUCCAGGCGGCUGCAUCCACUGGAAGCAAGACUGCUAGUCAAAUGGCUGUCGAAACAGCUUCUUUCAAAGUAUCUACGGCACGAGAAAUGUACAAGUCCAGUCUCACUAGUGCCGACACUGCGAGAACUCAGCUUCUGUCAUUCCAAAGCCAAAUGAACAACAUUAAGGCGGACCUCGACAGCUUGAAGGAGGACAAAUUGACGCUAGAAGCAGUUAAACUCAGGCUCUUCUUCACCAAACUUUCUGUGCAGAUCAAGACGCUAGUAUCGAGCAACGUUAUCCCAUUCAAGGGCACAGUUCAAGAUGCUAUCUCUUCACCAAAUGCUCUUAUUGACCGCAUGAUCCUGCAGCAAUAUACUGUAGCCAUCUGGGCCGGUUUCGACCAGUUCAAGGAGAUUGCCGAAUUCUAUAAGAGUGUUCACGACCCUUAUAUCAUUAACGGACUUAAUUUGGUCAAUAAGAUGACUCUUCAAACCAACGUUGCUGCUGGGUAUAAGGAGAUCGAGACAUACUCUCAAGCAAGCCAAGACGCAGUUAAGAACUUGAUCAAUGCGGAAACGGAAAAAUUCAAGACCAGGAUUGAAAAGACAUACAAGGAAAUCAUGGAACUUGAAAAGACGGCUCUCCCAGCGACAGAAGAUGAGCAGAAUCUUAUCGGCAGUGCAGUCCAAAAUGCGGAAGGUGUAAUCAAAGAUCAGCUAGACGCAAAGUCCGGCCCUGUUCAUUACCUAGUACAACCCCGCGAAAAGCGAGAUGAGCAAGCAGACAAGCUAUCCAAUGCACUCAAGCCAGAGAUAUUGCAGCAGCAAGCCGACGCCUUGGCUGACGAAGGGUUCUUUGAACAGAACAGCCUUGAGUAUCUAGGACUAGACGAUUGA